CACACCCACACAUUUACUGCAGACAGAUACUUACCUCUAAAGUAAUCCUGCAAUACACACUCCUUAAGCUGGGUUUCCACAUGUCCUCCAAGCGAUCCCGUGCCACAUACGAGGCAGAUCUUAAGGCACAACAGUCCCCAUUUGUGGUCUAUGGCACACCCCUCCCAGCUUUUGACCCAGAUGCCCGUGAUGAUGGCUCCUAUGUCCCUAUCUGGAAACAGGAGGUGACAGAUGACAGAGGCAGAAAGCGCCUGCACGGUGCCUUUACUGGGGGUUGGAGCGCUGGCUACUUCAAUACGGUGGGGUCCAAGGAAGGAUGGACACCUUCCACUUUUGUCUCCUCGCGGGCCAACCGCCGCAAGGACAACAAGUCGGCCCAAGACCAGCGACCAGAGGACUUCAUGGACGACGAAGAUCUCGCCGAGGCCGAGGAGUCUAGGAAGUUACAGACCUCCAAUGCCUUUGCUAGCCUCGGUGCUACUGAGAAGGACGCCGGCAGGGUAGGCGCGCUGGCCGGUCUGUUCCACGUGCGAGGCGAGACCAUGGGCACGAAACUGCUCAAAAAGAUGGGUUGGCGGGUGGGCCAAGGAAUCGGCCCCAAAGUGCGAAGGGGGGCAAACCUGGACAUGAAGGAGACACAUCCCGAUGCGAACAAGACAUAUUACUUCUUUGCGCCUGAGAACGUCCUGAUGGUCAGCUUUGUCAGGAAGACAGACCGAAAGGGUCUUGGUUACGACGGCGAGGGGAGGCUGGCACCACUGGGAGGUUCAAGAUCGCGACAGCCUUCACCGUCAGAUGACGAGGAUGAGGAUGGCGGAAGCCUGACUCUGGCGAGGCCAAAGUUCCUGGGCUCUGGAGCCUCCAAGAAGAAGAACACAGGUGGCGCCCGCGGCUCCAUUGGGAUUGGAGUCUUGAACGAUACCGGCUCCGACGACGAAGACCCCUAUGAGAUUGGACCUCGGAUAUCCUACAAUAGAGUGAUUGGUGGUAGCAGCAAGGGAAAAAAGAAAAGGAGCGACGUCGUCCCCUCUACAACGGUCAACCCAACCCUAAAGUCCAAACCUGUGUUUUUGCCUAAAAGAGCCGUGGCUGGUGGCCAGUCAGGGGCUGGCUUGCGCAAAUGUCACGACGGUCGGCCACCAUUGGAGGGCUUUGUGCUCGGCCAAGCUCCAGAUCCCCUCAUCUCCAUGAUCAAUUCUGAUGGCAGAUACCCACCGCCAGAGAUCCCUGAAGGAUGGACAUCCGGCAAAAAGGCCGAGACCACCGCACAACCCUCACAGUAUACGUCUACAGCAGACGCAGCCAAGGCCUCGCAGCUCAACCCGACAGCCCGUGCGGCUCUGCUCGGGGAGAAGCAGCUGCCGGGCAAAUCUGUCUUUGACUUUCUCUCGACCGCGGCUAGAGACCGACUGGCAGCUGUCACUGGGAAAGGGGACCUACCGCAGGCCAAAGGAGAGAUCCCUGAGGGCUAUGCUCUGUCAGAAGAGGAGAAGAAGCGUAGCCUCCUGGAACGAAUCCCCAAGCUCGAUAAGCCGAGCGCACUGGCAGCCAUGGCAAGAGGGGCCGCAGGCGGCGGACCAUAUGGAGACAACGAGGACAAACGAGCCAGAUACCGGGGCUAUCUAGAGCUACAGGCCGGCCUCACCAGCGAACCACCAGAAAGGGCGCCCAAGAUGACCGGCGAGGAGUGGAUACAGGAGCUGAACGAGUUCUACAAUGUUGCUAGGAUAUUCAGGCCCAUGACAGGGACUAUGGCGUCUCGGUUCACGACGUCCAAGUCCUCCCCUACCUCGGACAUGGCGAGGGGCUCAGAUGGCCAGGUUGGGGAUGCUGGACUGCUGUCCAAGCCUGUAGCCAAACCUGAAGAUCCCGCAGAGGCAGCCGCCAAGAUGAACAUGUUUGGGCCCAUGACGAGAUCUGUCGGCGACUUCUUCCCCACACGGCUCCUCUGCAAACGAUUCAACGUCAAACCACCGUCACAUGUCCAGAGAGAUGGAGAUGUCAACACCAAGGGCGCGCAAAGAGGAGAAAUUGCGCCGAUAGAACCGCAGGCUAGCAUGUAUAGCGACUCUUCAUCAUCAAGGGAACCCCUACCUGCGCCAAGCGCCCAGAAACAGGGCGAGGCUGCUGUGGAUAGUGGAAGGAACGAGGCUCUAGAGGGCAAACGAGCAGGAGAUGAAGUAUUCAAAGCUAUCUUUGGCGAUAGUAGUGACGAGGAAGGCUGAAGUAUGCCGCAGCAUUGGGAGUCUCUCUACCCAGAGCAUCUAAGUACUUAGUCGCCCGGGGGGCCGUUGAUACCAAUGCAAUCAAGUUAGGCGCU